UGCCAUACUUGGUAUCUCCCUUAUGUAAGGUCAUAGCGAAGAUAUAUAAAAGAGAGACUUGGGUGGAAGGACGAAGGGAAAAGUGUUAAAAUCUGACGUUUUUCCAACCUUCAUCGUCUUUCUGUGGGAUUUGAGACCAUGGCCUCUCUCUGUAAGGUCCAGGCGGUGGCAUGCAGGGCCCGGUUAGGUGGUCUAAUGUCCAAACAAGCUGCAGCAUCUUCAGUCAGCAUCAGGAACAACUCUACUGACGAGGCACCUGCCAAGACAUACGGACCCCUGAGUGACGAGGAUCGCAUCUUCACCAACCUGUACGGUCGGCAUGACUGGAAACUCAAAGGAGCCAUGGCAAGGGGUGAUUACUACAAGACUAAGGAGAUCAUCCUGAAGGGGCAUGACUGGAUCCUGAAGGAGAUCGUUAAGUCCGGCCUGCGUGGGCGUGGCGGCGCCGGGUUCCCCACGGGGAUGAAGUGGGGCUUCAUGAACAAACCCAGCGAUGGCAGACCGAAGUACCUGGUUGUAAACGCUGACGAGGGUGAGCCUGGGACUUGUAAGGACCGUGAGAUCAUGCGGCACGACCCACACAAGCUGGUGGAGGGAUGUCUGGUGGCCGGAGUGGCCAUGGGGGCCAGGGCUGCAUAUAUCUACAUCCGUGGUGAGUUCUACAAUGAAGGAACCAACUUGAUGGUCGCUAUCCAAGAGGCUUACAAGGCAGGGUUGAUUGGCAAGAAUGCCUGUGGUUCUGGCUACGACUUCGACAUCUAUGUCCACCGCGGUGCCGGGGCCUACAUCUGCGGAGAAGAAACAUCGCUGAUUGAAAGCCUUGAGGGAAAGGCUGGGAAACCCCGUCUCAAGCCGCCAUUCCCUGCUGACAUUGGUGUGUUUGGCUGUCCAACAACUGUGGCCAAUGUGGAAACUGUUGCUGUAGCGCCUACCAUAUGCCGUCGUGGAGGAGACUGGUUUGUCGGUAUGGGUCGCACAAGGAACUCUGGCACUAAGCUGUUUAACAUCUCUGGCCAAGUGAACAACCCGUGUACCGUGGAGGAGGAGAUGUCCAUCCCUCUCAAGGAACUGAUCGAGCGCCACGCAGGAGGGGUGAUCGGGGGCUGGGACAACCUUCUGGCUGUCAUCCCAGGGGGGUCCUCAACCCCCCUCAUCCCAAGAAGUGUCUGUGAUGAUGUCAUGAUGGACUUUGACGCGCUGGUCCAGUCCCAGACCGCCCUGGGCACGGCAGCCGUCAUCGUGUUCAACAAGCAGGCGGACGUGGUGAAGGGGAUCGCGCGCCUCAUAGAGUUCUACAAACACGAGAGCUGCGGACAGUGCACGCCCUGCCGCGAGGGCACCGGCUGGAUGACUAAGAUCAUGUACAGAUUUGUUGAAGGCAACGCCCGUCCUGACGAGAUCGACAUGUUGUACGAACUGAGCAAGCAGAUUGAGGGACACACCAUUUGUGCUCUAGGGGAUGGAGCAGCCUGGCCUGUACAGGGAUUGAUUCGGCACUUCCGUCCAGAGCUGGAGGCACGAAUGGAGGCGUACCACAAGAAGAAACAAGCUGCAUCUUCUGCUUAACCCAGCCUUUGGAAACAAAUCGUCCUCAAGAACAAUUUAGAGCAGUGCUGCAUUGUCAGCAUGUGAUGUGAUCAUAAACAUACAUAUGGUAUAAGACACAAUUCUUCUUGAAUUAGAACCUUUAUUGUAUUGGAUGUUGCUUCAGAAUUUGUUGGAAUCAAAACCUGGUCAUGGUUUGACUUCUGUAACCACCCCAAAGACUACAAAUCCAUAUGUAUACAUGUAGUGUACAUGUAUAUAACACAAUUUAAGAUAUACUGUACAGGAGUGAAGUAUGAAACACAAGACAACAGUCCAUAUAUUCAUUUCAACACCUUUCUUGGUAAAGAAUAUAAGAUACAGGAAAAACAAAUAUCUUAGCAAAACAAUAACCUGUUACAGAACAGUCUUCAUCUCGCAUUAUCUAGGUGUUAUCCCAGUUUGUGUGACAGAAUCUGCAAUUGUACUUUUACUGUGUGAACAAGUAAAUAAAAGUAUACACCACUCCCAAA